AUACAAUAUAUAUUGGUAGUUUCAGAGCAGUUAUUUGAGACAUUUUAUACUUUAAUAGCAAAUGGAAUGUAUAUUUGUGAGGAAGUUUAAUAGAUUUAUAUAAUUGAAAGUAAUUGUAAAAAGUGUUUUACAACGAAGGACUGUUGUAAAGGACGAGAUGGAAUCUCGAUUACCAAAACCUAACCAUUUCUAUAAAAAAGCUACAACCUUGAUAGAUAUAGAUUUAAAAAAAAAAAAUCCAAACAUGACAAAGACUCAAACUGGCUUAUCACGUGCAGUGAGCAGUGCAAAACUUACAGAUGAUACGAAGAAAGAUAAGAAUCUGUUAAAUAAUGAUGGAAAAUCUAAUAAUGAAAAUGAAUCUUUACCUCAAACUACACGUACAAAAAAUAUUGCUGCAAUUACAAGAUCUAAUGAGGCAAUCAAAGCCAUGAAAAGGCCAGGAACAAUUGUGACAAAUGCUAAUACAAAGAAACCAAAAGUUAAGGUUAUAACACCAAGAAAAACAUUGAAAACUGCAUUGAAAACAAGAAAUGGUAUAAAUCGACCUACAGAAAAUAAUACUAACAAUAAGACUACUGCUACUACUACUACUACUACUACUACUGUCAAUAAAUGGGAUUAUAAAGGUCGUUUUGCAAUUGUUAAUGGCGAAUUAAUCAAAUUGCGUGGAAAUUAUAAAGAAAUAUCAAGCAAAAAUGCAGAAUUGCAAAAAAUGAUAGAUGACUUAAGAGAUAAUGGGAAUACGUACAAAUUAAAAUUACAGGAAUGUGAAACUUUAAAAGCAGCUUUAUCUGAAGAACUUGAAACGACAAAGGAUGAAUUUAAGCAAAUACAGAAUGAAAAGGAAGACUUUGUUAAACGCUGGACAAAGGCAGAAGAAGCAUAUAAGAAUGUAACUAAAGAAUUAAAAGAACUCCAAGAUCAAUUUGCUGAUCAACAAGCAAAAUUACAAGAACAAACAAUUGAAACUGAAAGAGUUAAAACUAAAUUGGAACAUGAUGAAAAUCUUAUUAAAGAUUUAACUAUUCACAAAGAAGAAUUACAAUCUCUUGUCCAUCAGAUGGAUAAAGAACGUAGAAUCCUUCAUAAUACUAUACAAGAAAUGAAGGGUAAUAUAAGAGUAUUUUGUCGUGUACGUCCACGAACUCCAAAAGAAUCUUCAAAAUCAUUAUGUUUUAUAAAAUUCGUUGAUGAAUGUACUAUAGAAAUAGGAAAAUCAGAUGGUUCAGAUAUGGCUAGUUGCAGUGGAAAAGUAAGAAAUUUACGGCAAGAAUUCUCCUUUGACAAAGUGUUUCCACAUAAUGCAUCACAGGCUGAUAUUUUUGAAGAAUUAUCUCUUCUAGUUCAAUCUGCUCUUGAAGGAUAUAAUGUUUGUGUAUUUGCGUAUGGUCAAACUGGUUCUGGUAAAACGUACACAAUGGAAGGAGAGCCUGGAUUUGAUACAGAAGGCAUGAUACCCAGAACGGUCCGACACAUAUUUAAAGAGAUGAAAGAAUUGGAACUUCUUGGAUGGGAAUACCGAAUAGAAGCAAGUUUCUUGGAGAUUUAUAAUGAACAUAUAGUUGAUCUUCUUGACUCGCAAUGUAAUAAAAUUCAUGAAAUACGUAUGAGAGAUAAUAGAGGUCAUGAUCUUUAUGUGAGCAAUCUCAAAGUUGAAGAAAUACAUAAUGCUGAAGAAUUACAGGAAUGUUUAUUGACCGCGCAGCGUAAUAGAGCUGUUGCAGCUACUAAUUCAAAUGAACGAUCAUCUAGAUCUCAUUCAGUAGCACGUAUACGACUAAUUGGUGAACAUAAAACAAAAGAAGAAAUCUGUAUAGGAAAUCUUAAUUUAGUUGACUUAGCAGGUUCUGAAAGAUUAAAGGGCGAAGAAGCAGCUAGAACCGCAGAAACAAAGAAUAUUAAUAAAUCGUUAGCUAAUCUUGGUAACGUUAUUCUUGCACUUUUAAAGAAGCAAGAACAUGUGCCAUAUAGAAAUUCAAAAUUGACACAUUUAUUGAUGCCAUCUUUAGGAGGUAAUUCAAAAACCCUUAUGUUGCUUAAUAUAUCUCCUUUAGAUGAAUGUUAUAACGAAACAUUGAAUUCCUUAAGAUUUGCCAGUAAUGUGAAUAAUUGUAAAAUAAAUGUUAAAAGAGUUCGAACUGCGUUACCAAAUAUAUCAAAUACUAAUUUAUCAUCUAGUUCAAGCUCAGAAAUAUAAUGCAAAUUUAUAAUAUUAAUUUGUCAAAAUAUUUUCGUAUAAAACAAUAUUUUAUUUGAGAAAUCAUUAUCUAUAAUGUUUUAAUACGUAAUUAAGAUAUAAGCGAAAUACACAUGUUAUACCCAUCUGUUUUUUAUCAUAUCAUGAAAUUGCAAAUAAUAUAAAGUAAGAAACAAUAUUAUAUGCACAACCAAAAUACGCAGUUAA